UCGAGUUCCCUCUAGUCUCCCUCUGUUUGUUUCCCGUCAACAAUGGCUGAAGAAAAAGAGAGGAAAAUUCCAGUUUUUACAGUGGUAAAGAACGGAGCAAUUCUCAAGAACAUAUUCGUCAUAAAAAACCCCAGAGAUACUGAAGAUGAAGAAGACCCGCACGUUCAAGAAUCAGAAGUCGAGGAGAUUUUGGUCGUCGGAAGGCACCCGGAUUGCAACAUCAUGUUAACCCAUCCAAGCAUAAGCAGAUUUCACUUGCAAAUUCACUCCAGACCCUCUUCCCAGAAGCUCUCUAUCGUCGACUUAUCAUCUGUUCACGGGACCUGGGUUUCGGGGAAGAAGAUUGACCCAGGAGUUGCGGUAGAACUGAGCGAAGGUGAUACUAUAAAACUUGGUGGCUCAACUAGGGUUUAUAAGCUACACUGGAUUCCCAUGUGCCGUGCCUAUGAUAUGGAAAACCCCUUCGUAUCUGCAAUGGAUAUGGCAGUGGAAGAAGAGAAAGAGGAGGAAAGGGCAGUGGAAUCACAUCUGGUAAGGGUUGUCUGUGAAAUUGUUAAUUCACCUUUUGCCUUUUUUGUGGUGCAUACGUUAUCAACUAAAAGAGAAUGUGGUGAAGAGAGAGAUUCAUUGAUGGUGGAAAAGAAAGAAGAAACAUCUCAGACUUCAAUGCCUGCUGAAGAGAAAGAACUUUUCUCAAUGGAUUCAAUGUUGGAGGGUUCAGGACUAGUUAUGAACAGGGAGAUUCCAUCAGCGUCUUCAAAGCCUGAAAAUAUGAAUUUUUCAACAUAUGAAACUGAGAACAGCCCUGAAAAGAGGGAACUUUCAGAACUGGAAACCUAUUCAGCUACCGUGACAGUUGAAGAGAACCAGCAAAAGAUGGAUGGCUUAAGAGUUUCCGCCCAGCCUCGCCUGAUGGAAUCAAUUAAAUCGACUCUGCAAGACGAAGCCAUGGUUUUGAAUAUACUAAAGUCUAAACAAGUACAUGAAGAAAAACAUAUUCCCCAGGUUCUUUCAGCUUUGAAACCAAGGGAAGAAACCGAAAACAAGGAAAAUGCUGCAACUGAUGGAUGUAAUCACUAUCUUCUUGCUGUAAAGGUUGAGGAUGCUGACGAUGAGAAACUAUCAAGGAAAGACUUUGGAAGCCAACACACAGGUUUUUAUUCUGAUUCUCUCUCAACGGAAUCAGUCAAAUCAUCGUUGCCCGUUGCCGAAGAUGAUGAAAGGAGCCCAACCCCACACUCUCUCCUCGCUCCUGCACUGCCUGUGCUGUCUGAGUCCGAAAAUUUAGAUGGCUCAAGAGUUUCCACCCAGCCUCACCUGAUUGAAUCAUUUAAAUCAACUCUGCAGGACGAAGAUAUCGUUUUGAAUAUACUGAAGUCUCAGCAAGUACGUGAAGAAAAACAGAUUCCCCAGCUUCUUUCUGCUUUGAAACUACGGGAAGAAACCGAAAACGAGGAAAAUGCAGCAACUGAUGGAUGUAAUCACUUUCUUGAUGGAAAGGUUGAGGAUGCUGAUGAUGAGAAACUAUCAAGGAAAGACUAUGGAAGCCAACACACAGGUUUUUAUUCUGUUUCUCUCUCAACGGAAUCAGUCAACUCAUCUGUGAUGUCUGAGUCUGAAAAUUUAGAUGGCUCAAGAGUUCCCACCCAGCCUCACCUGAUGGAAUCAAUUAAAUCAACUCUGCGAGACGAAGAUAUGGUUUUGAAUGUACUAAAGUCUCAGCAAGUACAUGAAGAAAAACAGAUUCCUCAGCUUCUUUCUGCUUUGAAACAAAGGGAAGAAACUGAAAACAAGGAAAAUGCAGCAACUGAUGGAUGUAACUUCUAUCUCGCUCGAAAGGCUGAGGAUGCUGAUGAUGAGAAACUAUUAAGCCAACACACAGGUUUUUAUUCUGUCUCUCACUCAACAGAAUCAGUCAACUCAUCUUUGCCCAUUGCCGAAGAUGAUAAAAGGAGCUCAACCCCACACUCUCUCCUUGCUCCUACUUUGCUGUCCGAGUCUGAAAAUUUAGAUGGCUCUCCCUUGAGAUUAGAAACUAAAUCCAACUUCCAAAGCAUUUGGUCCAGAAGAGGUAAACCUGCAUCUGUUCUUCAUAUUCAAACUGGGAAAUGUGGUGCUGAUGAAAAUAAAAGAGUUCCAAAAUCACUUUUUGUUAGCUCAGAAGAUGAAGAAGAAAUUUUUACCCCAGACAAAGAGAAUUUCACCCCAAAUACUCUUUUGAUGAAAGUGCUGAAAAGAAAUGACAAGCUGGACGAAACCAAGCAUUCUUCUUCAAAGGUUACCUGUAGUCCUCAUCUUCAGGCUGAAGAUGACGUGAUUACCUUGGACAAAGAAAACCAGACACCCAAACUUAUAAAAGAGCACAAAUACACAAGCAAGGCCUCUAGAAAUCAACCUAAGUUAGAACAACAGACUGUGAUCAAAGGAAAAGCAGAGAGGGGGCCAUUUCAACCUUUGCUGGUGGACUCUGCUUGCGAAACUGUAUCAGAAGCUCUGGACCCCAAUACUUCAGUUCAAAGUUGCAAGAAUACUAUUUUGAAUACUAAGAAAAUAGAGAAGAGGAUUGGUUAUCCAUCUUUAAACAAAUCUGUUGGAAAGCAAAGGACUUGGACCAUGGUAGCUGACACCAGUUCUUUGGUGGAUGAGGAAUCAAGGAAAUCGUUAAAGCUCUUACAAGGUCUCAAAGGGACUCUAUUGAUCAUUCCAAGGAUGGUUAUAAGGGAGUUGGAUUGUUUGAAGCGUCGUGGUACUCUAUUCAGGAGAACAAACGAAGCCUCUUCGGUUUUGGAAUGGGUUGAAGAGUGCAUGGUAAAAACAAAAUGGUGGAUCCAUGUCCAGAGCACUACAGAGGAAGAAGGGCCAAUAGCACCCACACCACCCGCCACUACUCAUUCUCAUUUCAGCGAAGGUAGCAUGUUUGGGCCAUUUUCAGCUCGGGGAAAUCUAAUGGAAAUUGCUACACCGACAGCACAAGACCACAUCCUUGAUUACGCCCUACUUCAUAGAAAAAUGAGUAAUGGUGAUGGACAAUUGGUCCUGCUGAGCAAUGACAUCACUCUGAAGAUCAAAGCCAUGGCAGAGGGCUUGAUCUGUGAGACAGUGCAAGAAUUCCGGGAGAGUCUGGUGAACCCCUUCUCAGAGCGGUUCAUGUGGGCUGAUAGCUCUCCUAGAGGACACACCUGGUCAGUCAUGGAUGAUGUGGUUUUGAGGGACAAGUACAACCGUUGCCCCUUAAGGAAGCAAUCCAAAGGAGAUAUCAAGGGUUUGAAACUCAUUCUGCUUCAUAAUUCCCUCUAUGGGCAGAUCAGAUCAUUCCGCUAAAACUUUCUUGCAUCUCAAGUA